GUGUGGAUCUAGAGGGAGCUGCUAGCUAUGGAAAACCAAGAUGGGACUCAGUCUCUUCGGGCUCCUAAAUGUUCACGUUGUCGGAAUCAUGGCUUUGUGGUACCAGUAAAGGGUCAUGCUGGUCAUUGCAGGUGGAAGCAGUGCCCAUGUGAGAAAUGUGCUCUCAUCACCGAACGCCAGAAGAUCAUGGCUGCACAGAAGGCCUUGAAGAGACAAGGACCAGAGUCACCACCCAGAGAUAUCUUGCCUCCUGCUCAGGGCAGGCCCAGCGAGGAAGAUAUGGCAGCCAUUCCUAGCCAUAAGAAGGGCUUAAAAAUGAAUUCCUCAGAGCCCCCCACUCAUGGGUCAGUUGUGCAUGAAGGAAUUAAAGUGACUUCAGCAGUUAGCCCCUGUACCAAAACAGGGAAUAAUCCAACACCACCUAAGCCGAGCUCUCCAACCUUCAUAGAUUUAGACCAUCCUAAUUUGCCUCAAGAAUGUAUUGCUGUGUGCCCAGAAUUUGUGGAGAGGGAUCCUCCCAAGAUGUAUCCUGGAUACUCCGGGAUGUACCCUUAUCAUCCAUUUUCAGUGGGAUUCGCUAUCAAUCAACCAGCUUACCGAGGUCCAUUACCUGCCCCUGUUUUACCUCUGCAAACAAGUUUCAGACACUUUUCUAGCAAUCAUGGACCAGGGAGUGUUCCUGCUUCUAUACCAUUACAAGACUCAGGUGGGGAUUUCCGGCAAGGAUACUAUACUCCACUGUCACCCUUUAUACCUCGAGGCUUUCUGCCAGGAAUUCACUACAUUCCACCACCUCUCCAGCUGAACUUUGUGACUGAAGCUACAAAGGAAACAUCUGCUUCCACUGAGGACAGCCAGGAUUCUGCAGUUAUAUGUAAGCACAGCCAAACAUCUGAAGAAGAUGCCUCUGGAGAUUCUUCUUCAUAUUCUAAGCAGUAAAUCAUCACCGUCUACACUGAAAUAUUGCCUUCAAGUGAUGCCUUCCUGUAAAUGUUAUUUUGUAUUACUGUAAUCUAUACUGCUGCUAAUCCUAAUUCAGUCAGAUAAGUUUGGAAUAUCACACAAUCCUAUUUGCAGCAUUGGUAUUUCAUGUUUACCUAACUUGUCCCAUCAGAAUUAGGAGGCUUGGUGUCAAAUUGGAAGUUUAGGAAGAUAUGCCUGCAUUGAAA